AAUAUAUUUUCCUUUCACAACUUGACACCCUCAUUUUAUAAUGGAUCUCAUAUAUAGUCCAUCUGUAUUGAUCUUAUUCUGUCUCCUUAUUACCAUUAUUCCUAAAACUAAAUCUGACAGUGAUGAUGAUUUGCGCUAUAUUUCCAAUGAUUGUUCAGAUUCUAUCACUUUUCCGCCCAAUAGCACAUUCAACUCUACAAUUAACACCCUUCUCCAGGAUCUAUCUUCCAACGCCACUGCAAAUCCCACUGGAUUCUACACCACCUCUGUCCACGACAACACUGUUAACAACACACUCAAUGGCUAUUUUCUGUGCCGCGGAGAUCUAGAUAAUAGUGCGUGCUACGUUACGACUGUGUAUCCAUCGCAGCGCAGGAGAUCGUAUCAGUAUUACAAUGCCCCGAUAGUAAAUUGGGAACACUAUAUUACAACAAGUGUAUGAUACGAUACUCCAAUGAGACCCUACUUGGAGUAUUGGCUUUAGAACCAUAUCACAAUGAGCAAAGUUAUAAUGUCAUACCAGGAAGCAGACGUGAUUUUACAAAAUUGUUAGGGGAAACGUUCCCUGUUUUGGUGACUCGAGCAGCAAAUAAUGUGACAGGAAAGAAGUUUGCGACCAUAUCAGUUCCUUUUACUCCCUCAACAAAUUUGUAUGCUUUGGCGCAGUGUACACCUGACUUGACCGUGGCUAAUUGCCACACUUGCUUGACGAAUGCCAUAGACAGGCUUCAAACGGCGGCUGGUUGGAAUUUUCUGAUGCCCAGUUGUAAUAUUAGGUACGAGAUCUACCCGUUUACUUACAGACCUCAUCAUUUGCCGCUGUCACCGCCUCCGUCCGGAAGUGCUUAUACCGGGAUGAGUCCUGCCCCUUCGCCGCUGUUGCCGUCGCCAUCUACUAACGGGAUUAGCAAUAGUACGAACUCUGGUGGCACUAGUAAAUGGAAAGCAAUUAUUGCAGCAGUGGUAAUUAUGGGUACAAUGGCAUUAGUCAUUUUCUUGUAUUGUUUACGGAGUUGGUUGCGUCAACUAUAUGCACGCAAGGUAUCUACAAACCUGGAAGAAAAUUGGCAUAAUAACAUGACUAUUGAUGGAAUUAAUCCCCUCGAAAUCCAAGACUUACCAUUGUUUAAAUUUAAAGAUUUGGCAAUUGCAACAUAUAACUUUUCCGAAAGCAACAUGCUUGGUCGAGGUGGUUUUGGUCCAGUUUACAAGGGAAGAUUUGAAGAUGGACAAGAGAUAGCAGUAAAAAGACUUUCAAGAACAUCAGAUCAAGGCUUGCAAGAAUUUAUGAAUGAAGUGGUUGUAAUCUCCAAACUUCAACACAGAAACCUCGUUAAACUGUUGGGUUGUUGUGUACAAAGACAAGAGAAGUUGUUGGUAUAUGAAUACAUGGCAAAUAAGAGCUUGGACGCUUUCCUUUUCGAUCCCUCAAGUCAACACCAGUUGGACUGGAAGAAGCGCCUCAAUAUAAUAAAAGGGAUAAGCAGAGGUUUGCUUUACCUACAUCGAGAUUCUAGAUUAAGAAUUAUACAUAGAGAUCUUAAAGCUAGCAACAUUUUGUUGGACAACGAUCUCAAUCCAAAAAUAUCAGACUUUGGCAUGGCAAGGAUAUUCGGAGGUAGUCAAGACAAAGGUGAUACCAGAAGGAUUGUUGGCACCUAUGGCUAUAUGUCUCCGGAGUAUGCUAUGCAAGGUCGAUUUUCAGAGAAAUCGGAUGUGUUUAGCCUUGGGGUGCUACUACUGGAGAUUGUAAGCGGGAAAAGGAACAAAAACUUCAAGGAUCAGGACUGCUUGAGCCUCUUGGGGCAUGCAUGGAAAUUGUGGAAUGAGGAUAUCAUUUUGUCACUAAUUGAUCCAACAAUUUCUGAAUCAACAUUCGAUAUGGAGAUUUUGAAGUGCAUACAAAUAGGACUAUUAUGCGUGCAAGAAUUUCCUGAAGACAGGCCGAGUAGCUCUAUGGUUCUUUCCAUGAUUGAGGGCGAGGUUACGAAUCUUCCACGUCCAUCUCAACCUGGAUUUACACUUAGAAGAAAUGAAGACAAUCAAAAUGAAGCCCAUCAAAAUGGUCAUGAAUAUUGUUCUGUUGAUCGUCUUUCUAUUACUAUGUUAACUGGUCGAUGAUUGUCACAUGUACAUUGUUAUAAAAUAGAGAAUAGAAAAAGAAUUUGAAUUUGAAUUUAUAAGUAAUGCUUUUGAAUUUCACUUCUAUGUAUCUAUACAAUAUAUAAGUAAUGCUUUUGAAUUUCACGU